CAAAACCAUCUCCUUGUUAUCCUUGCACACCCCACCUCACCAUCUCCAACCAUCCAUGGCCAUGGCAACCCAAUCCACCCUCUUCACCCCCACCACCAUCUCCACAUCGAAGCCGUCCCACCGUGCCAUCCAAGUUAAGCCAUCUCUAACUGUUCCAUUUGACAGCCCUCGGACCACCAACCUCUCCGCAGCCCGCACCGUGAAAGUGGCUGCCACUGAAGAGAAGGUCGAGGCUCCAGUGGGCUUCACCCCACCAGAACUAGACCCAAACAGCCCAUCACCCAUCUUUGGUGGUAGCACUGGAGGAUUGCUACGUAAGGCUCAAGUCGAAGAGUUCUAUGUUAUCACGUGGGACUCGCCAAAGGAACAGAUCUUUGAGAUGCCCACUGGUGGGGCCGCCAUCAUGCGACAAGGACCCAACUUGCUCAAACUGGCUAGGAAGGAGCAAUGCCUGGCACUUGGAACCAGGCUCAGAUCUAAGUACAAGAUCAAAUACCAGUUCUAUCGAGUCUUCCCUAAUGGAGAGGUCCAGUACCUCCACCCCAAGGAUGGGGUCUACCCCGAGAAGGUGAAUGCAGGCCGUCAAGGGGUGGGCGUGAACUUCCGGUCCAUUGGCAAGAAUGUUAGCCCAAUCGAGGUCAAGUUCACUGGGAAACAGGUUUAUGAUUUAUAAUGUGAGAUGGUUUUGUGCAUGUAGCUGUUUUUAUGGUUGGGAUUGUAUGUGUAUUUUCCUAUGGUACAAAAGACAUUGAUUUCGAUUGUGUAAA